AUGAACCCAAAAUACAUCACUCUCACUUUACUUAACCAGCUUAAGCUGACAGUUCUCUCAUGUGUGAUGCCUAUGAUAGACAGAGGUCUAUCUCUCCAUGAGAUCCUGGCUAUUGUUGAAGGGGAGGAAGAAGAUUCAACAGAUAUAUUUAUUGAACCUCCUGAAGCUAAUGUGAAUUUGCAUGAAGAUUCUGGGGAAGAAGAUGGAGAAGGAAACAUUGAUAAUCUUGGACCAAGGCAACUCCAGGCUGGUGCAGAAGUGGUUUUAGUGGUGGACCUGCGAUGGCCGUGCCUGCUGCUGCGCGCCAUCGGCCUGUGGGCGCCGGAGCAGGGCUGCCUCCGCCGGCUCUACUCGGCCUACACGCUGUGGUCGCUGCUGCAGCUGGUGGCGAGCGUCGCGGGGCAGUUGGCAGGCCUGCGCGGCCACUGGGACCACCUGCCCACAGUCGCCACCUCCGUCUGCCUCGUCGUCACCUCCGUCUGCACUUUGUUCAAGGCGUCGUCGUUCGCGCUGCGGCGGCGGCGCGUGGACGCGCUGGUGCGCCGCGUGGCCGCCAACCUGUCGCGCUUCUGCGCGCACCGGCCGCGCGCCAGGGCCGCCGUGGUGCGGCGGGCGCGCGCGCGCGCGCUGCGCAUGAUCACCACCUUCCUCGGCAUCGGCGGCGUCGCGCUCGUCUUCUUCUACCUGGGGCCUGUCAUACAGAACGUCAAGGACAACAGGCUGAAGGCCGCGGCCGCAGCGAACGAGACGCUGGACCCGCUGCUGGGCCGCAACCUGGCGAUGCUGCUGUGGUGGCCGCGCGGGCAGCCGGUGGGGGCGCCCGCCUACCAGCUGGCCUACGUGGGCGUCUGCUACUGGCUGAUGCUGCUCUACCUGUCCACCAGCACGCUCGACACCUUCUACGUCACGCUCAUCAUCUACCUGUCCUCGCAGCUCAAGGUCCUCAACAUCGACUUCCUCUCCAUCGCGGAAGGCGCUGACGGCGGCGGCGACGACGAUGACGACAGCCUCGUCGAGCAGGGAAGGCCCCUCAGCAGACCGGAGACAGUGCACAAGCUGCCCGUGAAACUUCCAAACGCAUACGACAAGACGAAAGCCCAAAGGACCCACGAGAGGCUGUUAGAAUGCAUCAUCUUCCACCAGGAAGUUAUAAAGUCGGUGGAUGAGAUGGAGUCUAUCCUGAGUGCGUCAAUCCUGGUGCAGUUCCUCGCCAGCACGCUCGUCAUCUGUUUCACUGCUUUCGUCAUCACAACCGCGGAGAAUAAGCAGGACCUGCCGACGUACAUCACGUACCUGGCCACGAUGUUCUACGAGCUUUUCCUCUACUGCUGGUAUGGAAACGAGCUGCUCGCCGAGAGCGAGCGCCUGCAGACGUCGGCCUACGGCUGCGGCUGGCCCGGCGCCGGCGCCGGCUUCCAGCGCACGCUGCGCGUCGCCAUGGCGCGCCUCCAGCGGCCAAUCUGCCUCACCGCCGGCAAGUUCUACAAGAUCUCCCGCGAGACCUUCUUGCUGCUGCUGAACGGCUCCUACUCGUACUUCGCGCUGCUGCACCAGAUGAACGACCGCUAA